UGCUGAAGAUUAGGAUUCCUAGUGGGGGCAACUCGGAGACCGCCUUGGCUGUUCCAACACCUUCCGAUGACAGUUCUCUCAAUCUGAACGAUCCCAGUUGCACGAACGAGCGUCCCGAAGAUUGAGGGCUUUCAGAUGGGUAUACCCUUGAAUACAGUUGCGGACCAGUGCUGGCGUCCUCGAUCCCAUGCUCGAUGACAGUUCAGCCUUCACUUCUCUCUGGCACUGGCAGAGAACACGGUUGGAAGCAGGACGAUCGAAGAACAGGGUGGAAUGCGCUUCUGCUGGCCUCCCUGCUCGCAUCAAGCUGCUGAAUCCAAUUUAAAAGGCGCCAAUUGUGUCAAGCGCACAUUGAAAACAGGUGCAAGAUCUUCAGACGUCCAAGAUGGUGGGGAUUGUUGCAAACGGUGCAACAUUUGAGGACACGGAGAAGGAAUCUGACUAUGGCUAUGUCAGGAAGGUCUCGGGACCUGUGGUUGUGGCUGACAGCAUGGGGGGGUCUGCCAUGUUUGAGCUGGUCCGUGUAGGCCAUGACAAACUGAUCGGGGAGAUCAUCAGGCUCGAGGGGGACUCAGCGACAAUUCAAGUGUAUGAGGAGACGGCUGGACUUACCGUGGGUGAUCCAGUCCUGAGGACCCGGAAGCCCUUGUCAGUGGAGCUUGGCCCAGGACUUCUCGGAAACAUUUUCGACGGAAUUCAGCGCCCCCUCAAAGCCAUUGCUUUGGCAAGCAAAGAUGUCUACAUUCCUCGAGGAGUGGCAGUACCGGCUCUGGAUCAUAAGAAGGAAUGGGAGUUCACUCCCAAGAACUUCAAGGUUGGGGACUCCAUCACAGGGGGGGACAUAUACGCAAAUGUCUUUGAGAACAGUCUGCUGGAGCACAGGGUGUGCUUGCCUCCCGGUGCGAUGGGCAAGAUUACAUAUGUGGCAGAGCAUGGCAACUAUGACAUCACCGACAAGGUCCUGGAGGUGGAGUUCCAAGGGCAGAAGAAGACCUUCACGAUGAUGCACACGUGGCCCGUGAGGUCACCUCGCCCAAGCGCUCAGAAGCUGCCUGCUGACACGCCCCUGCUCACAGGACAGCGUGUGCUGGACGCGCUCUUCCCCUCAGUGCUGGGUGGUACCUGCUGCAUCCCUGGAGCAUUCGGCUGCGGCAAGACCGUCAUUAGCCAAGCCCUAUCUAAGUACUCAAACUCCGAUGGUGUCAUCUAUGUGGGGUGUGGUGAGCGCGGCAAUGAGAUGGCUGAGGUGCUGAUGGACUUCCCUCAGCUGACGAUGACGCUCCCGGACGGCAGGGAAGAGAGCGUCAUGAAGAGGACAACGCUAGUGGCCAACACGUCCAACAUGCCUGUGGCUGCCCGAGAGGCCUCAAUCUAUACGGGUAUCACCCUGGCGGAGUACUUCCGUGACAUGGGCUACAACAUGAGCAUGAUGGCAGACUCGUCCUCUCGCUGGGCUGAGGCGCUGCGUGAAAUCUCUGGCCGCCUGGCCGAGAUGCCUGCUGACAGUGGCUAUCCCGCCUACCUGGCUGCCCGCCUGGCUUCCUUCUACGAGCGGGCGGGGCGCGUCAAGUGCCUGGGCAGCCCAGACAGGACUGGCAGCGUGACCAUCGUGGGGGCCGUUUCGCCUCCAGGAGGCGACUUCUCUGAUCCAGUCACUUCGGCCACCCUGGGUAUCGUGCAGGUGUUCUGGGGUCUCGACAAGAAGCUUGCUCAGCGCAAGCACUUCCCGUCUGUCAACUGGCUUAUCUCCUACUCCAAGUACACCCAGGCGCUCGAGCCCUUCUACGAGCGCUUCGACAAUGACUUCAUCUCGCUGCGUACGGCCGCCAGGGAGAUCCUGCAGCGAGAGGACGACCUCAACGAGAUUGUGCAGCUUGUGGGGAAGGACGCUCUGGCGGAGACCGACAAGAUCAUCCUGGAGACAGCCAAGCUGCUGCGAGAGGACUACCUGGCACAGAACGCCUUCACUGCGUACGACAAGUUCUGCCCGUUCUACAAGUCGGUCUGGAUGCUCCGCAACAUCAUCCACUUCCACCAACUGGCCACCGCUGCCGUGGAGAAGGGGGCUGGGGGAGAGGGCCAGAAGGUUACCUAUGCCGUCAUCCGUCAGCGCCUGGGUGACCUCAUCUACAAGCUUGUGUCGCAGAAGUUCGAAGACCCUGCCGAAGGCGAGCCUGCCCUGGUUGACAAAUUCAAGAAGCUGAACGAGGCACUCACAACAGCGUUCAGGAACGUGGAGGAUGACUACAGGUAACUUGCAAGUGGUAAAGUGUAGCAGGGAAAGGUACGCCCAGCCCCCGGGGCCUGUGGUAUGAAGACGAAGUCGAAUGCCUCCUUCAUAGGCGUGUUGUGUAAUUACAUGUAUAGCAAUCCCGCCAAUAGAUUACCUGUCGUUCAAAGGAUUAUGCUGCUUGGCUUCAUGGUCGACUAUGAUCAGCCCUACUAGGUCUUCCUGCUCAGAGAUUGGCAACAAAGGCUCGGAGAACCAUUGAUUAUUCGAUCGAUCUCAAUGGAGGAUGACAUGAUCUGGUGCGCAAUCUCAGUAGAUCUCGUAUGGUGC